CUCCAAACUUUCAAAGAAAAAAACAUUCAGGGCCUAUAUCAAUAAACCUGUGAGAAAGACUCUCAACAACCCGAUUGAUUGUCCUUCUCCCAUGAAUAAAGGAUUCAAUGAGCUUUACAGAUGCAGUCCAGAGAAACAGCAGAGCUCCCAGUGGGAAAAGGCAGUCAGACAACCAGCAGAGUCCAAACUACUCCUGAAACUGCAGUUUCAUGAUGGGUCAUUUAUAUUUAGAACGGCUUUCCAGCAGUAGAGUUUCUUGUGCUGCCUGCCCUGGUUUCCCAGUCCUUGAUCUACCAAGAGUCUCGCAGCAGCCCUGAUAAUCAAGUCAUCACUUUGAAGCAGUUAGCAGGCACGUGACAGUCUGAUUCACAGGGUCUACUUUUCUUCACAGAGCCACUAUGUCUUCUCAUAUUGAGAUACUGUAGACAGAGAAUAUUGUCGAAACUGGAACACUGGAAAAGCCCUGUCUGUUUUGCCUAACUGCAAAUUCUUCUCGACACUGGCUGUACUGGUGAUCGAAAACAAUGGAACGGAGCUUUCAAAGCAUCCAAAGGCAGCUUUUAUGUAAUGUGGCACUCUGGCCAUUUCGACAGACACUAACGUGCGCGGCGUGUCAGUCCACAUGUACAACAGCUGUUGCAGUCCAUUUCAGGCUAUAGCCGUGGACUGAAACAUACAUAGUGGAUGGCAUAUCCGUUUGACAUCGCUGAUUUUUCAUCCUCAGCCUCUAAAAAUCUGUUAGAAUGGAUAGGCAGGCGAGCCUUACCAGGACGCAAAUGUUCUCUUUCGUCAACCCUUGGAUUCGGUACUUCCUGUUCUUCUUCAGCUUUCUAUUCUGGGUGUUUUCUCUUCUUAUUGUAGCCAUUGGGGUAUAUGCCAAAGUUGAAAAAGCGACAGACACAGUGCGUGACACAUUCCUCAUUGAUCCUGCUGUGAUUCUCAUUGUGGUGGGGGUGGUCAUGUUCUUCAUUACCUUCUGUGGAUGCAUCGGAGCUCUGCGGGAAAAUAUACGGCUCCUUAAAAUUUUCUCAUUUAGUCUUACCCUGGUCUUUCUUACCCAAAUGGCCAUUGCAAUCCUUGGCUUCUUCUACUCUGACCAGACACGCGAAGCUCUGGGGAAAUUUGUGAAAAAAGCCAUUGUGCAUUAUCGAGAUGACCUGGACCUUCAAAACCUAAUGGACUACAUCCAAAAAGAGUUCAAAUGCUGUGGCUGGAACAACUACACCGACUGGUCCUGGAACCUCUACUUCAACUGCACCCCAUCAAACCCCAGCAAUGAGAGGUGUGCAGUUCCCUUCUCAUGCUGCACUCCUCUACCAGGAGAGACUGUGAUCAACACCAUGUGUGGCUUUGGGAUUCAGACACAGAACAUUCUGGACGCCACUAAAUCCAUCUAUCCGGUGGGCUGUUCAGACAGAGCUGUAAUAUGGAUUGAAUCUCACCUGCUGUUAGUUGGAGCGCUGACUCUGGCUCUCGCUUUACCACAGAUCGCAGGCAUCGUUCUGUCUCUGAUCCUCAUUUCUGAGAUCCAGAAAGAGAUCCAAUCCGUCUUGUAG